UUUCCCACCCUAAAGAGGCAGAGCUUUCCCGCUGCUGGAACUGCGCGCGGCAGCAGAGGGAUAACGUCCCUUACAGCUACCUUGAUUCGGACCAGAUUUGACACCUGGACAAAAGCUUUGUAGUAUGCGUAAAAAGGCGCACUGCCACAACGCAGCGCCACCGCUUUGGAUGUAGACUUCAGCAAGGAGCAAACACGUGAUCAUCCAUUAAAACAACGAUACUUGUAGACAUGACGAUUCUAAGGGUGUUUGUGUUUUGUCUUUUUCCUUUAUCAGAUGCUGUGAUCGACUUGACCAUGAUCUCCACAGCAGAGGUCAUCCGGGUCAACCACUUCACCAUAUCAUGCAUAAAUGGAGAACACAGCUCGGCUCAGGUCAAGCUGGAUAUCAAGAGGGACAACAAGAUUCUCAUUUUGUCUAAAGAGACAAGUUUUAAAGUACACAAGCAGGACAACAGGCAUGUGAUUGCCAGAGAUUUCCGGGCACUAGAUAAUAUUGGCAUCUUCUAUUGUGAAUCUACCCAAAGCAAUUCUCCACUUGAGAAAGUCACCAUGAUCAACAACUUUGGCACAACUAAUUUUGUUCCAACAUCCCUUACAAUGACUGUAAACAAAGGAGAGACGGUUCACCUAAACAUGCUGCUCCUCAGCUCUGAAAAGAGAGAUGUGACUUGGAAGUACAAUGGAAAUUACUAUUACAUGACUCACUGGAAUGAUGUGCUCAAUCGCACUGCAACACUGACUGUGGAGAACGCUGCAUUCGCCAAUCAAGGCAUCUACAGCGCCAGCUACGUCGGGGACAGUCCUCUGCAUGGCGCCUGGAUGAGGCUUAUUGUCAGAGAUUGUCCCAGUAAGAAGUGGGGUUCCUACUGUGAGAGGGAUUGUCCAGACUGUCUCAAUGGUGGAAUUUGUCACGAUGCAGAAGGAGACUGUGUGUGUCCUCCAGGAUUCAUGGGAACACGCUGUGAGACAGCCUGCAGGGAAGGAAUGUUUGGUCAAAACUGCCAGGAGUCCUGCAGGUCUGACUCAAACAAUAACUGCAGAGGGCUUCGUUUCUGCCUACCAGAUCCAUAUGGUUGCUCCUGUGCCAGCGGUUGGUUUGGACACCGCUGUGAAAAAGCCUGUCUUAAUGACAGGUAUGGACCAGACUGCAGGCUGAGUUGCAAAUGCCAGAACGGAGGGAUCUGCAGUCGUUUUAGAGGAUGUCAGUGUCCGGCAGGAUGGCGAGGGCAGAACUGUGAGAAGUCAGACCGGGCUCCUCAGAUUUUAGGCUUGGAUUCUGAUCCGGAGUGGAAUCUGAACUCCAGCCCCAAGAUCUCUUGUUUGGCCACAGGCAACCCACCGCCCAGCCACAACAGCAUUGAGCUGCGUCGAUCGGACAAUAUUGUGCUCAAGCCAACAAGAACAACCAUGGACUCAAACAAGAGCAUAGCCCUGUUUGAAAUCCCUCACCUGAGUGCAAAGGAGCAAGGCCUGUGGGAGUGUAGGGUCUCCACCAAUGGGGGUCAAGACUCACUAAAGUUCAAUCUUACUAUUAAAGAGCCCCCAGUUCCUAUUGGUCCUCCCAAACUGUUAGAGAGGGGUAGUAAGCAGCUGCUGGUGUUGCCAGCAACAUCCCACAAAGGAGAUGGCCCCAUAAUCUCAACAAGAGUCCUUUACAAGCCGGACACCAAUGGAGACUCUUGGUCCUCAGUCAUAGUUUAUAACAAAGAGCCCAUCACGCUGAUGAAUCUGGAGCCUUCCACAAAAUACCGCAUUCGGGUCCAGCUGAGUCGUCCUGGGGCUGGAGGAGAGGGGGCUGAAGGGCCAGAGGAAACCAUGGAGACGGACUGUCCCGAGCCCACAAUUCAACCUGAGAUUGACACCAGCUCAGUGGAGGGCCGCAAUGUUACUGUUCGAUGGCGACUUCCCCCCAACACCGUCAUUACUUCCGACACAGCAACCGGCUUUUUAGUGCAGCUCUCCACUCCUCCACCCCACAAUGAGAAACUGCUGGAGGAGACCACUUUGCUCAAGGUGCUCUCCACCAAGUUCCACAACCUGGAGUAUCAUCAAACCUACACUGUGGUGGUGCGCCUCGUCAACUGUGGCAGCCACGGGCCACUCUCCAAGCCCUACCGCUUCCGCAUCAACAGCCAGGGACCGUCGUCCCCACGCAACGUUGAAGCCCUGCCCCUCUCCAUGUCCUCCAUCCAGGUGAAGUGGCUGCCCCCUGAGAAUCCAAACGGAGGCAUCAUUAAGUACAUCAUUGAGUACCAGGCCAUUGGUCAAGGAAAUCCUCACCCCUGGGUGGAUACAGAUGAUGGUAACAAGACCACCAAGGAUGUGACAGCCCUAAACAGCAGCACGGUCUAUCAAUUUAGAGUAAGGGCUUUCUCCAAAGUGCCUGGAGAGUGGAGCAAGUUUGUGAAAGCAACAACUCAAGGGGAUGACUAUGAGAAUUCAAUUCCCACCACCCAGGGUGUUGCUGGUAAGCCUGCUGGAGAUGGUUACCAGCUGCUGUUGGCAGUGGUGGGCUCGGUGACUGUUACCUCCGCGGUCAUAAUGCUGGUACUGCUAGCUCUGUUCUUCAUCAGGAAAACCCUGGUCAAUCGCCGGCGUACGUUCACCUACCAGUCUGGAUCGGGAGAAGAAACUAUUUUGCAGUUUAACUCAGGAACUUUGACCCUCUCCAGAAGGCCUAAGCCAACGCCGGAACCUCUCACCUAUCCAAUUCUUGAGUGGGAGGACAUAAAAUUUGAAGAUGUCAUUGGGGAGGGCAAUUUUGGCCAAGUCAUUAAAGCCAUGAUUAAAAAGGAUGGCAGCAAAAUAAGUGCAGCAAUCAAGAUGCUAAAGGAGUUUGCUUCAGAGAAUGACCACAGAGACUUUGCAGGAGAGCUGGAGGUGCUUUGCAAACUAGGACAUCAUCCCAACAUCAUUAAUUUGAUUGGAGCCUGUGAAAACAGGGGCUAUCUGUACAUCGCUAUAGAAUAUGCUCCCUACGGUAACCUGCUUGAUUUCCUAAGGAAGAGCAGAGUGCUGGAGACUGACCCUGCUUUUGCCAAAGAGCACGGGACAGCUUCCACACUUACAUCUCAGCAGCUUCUACAGUUUGCUGUGGACGUAGCUACUGGGAUGCAUUACCUCAGUGAUAAACAGUUCAUCCACAGGGAUUUGGCAGCAAGGAAUGUUCUUGUGGGGGACAACCUUGUGGCAAAGAUAGCGGAUUUUGGUCUGUCCCGCGGUGAGGAAGUUUAUGUGAAGAAGACAAUGGGGAGGCUACCAGUGCGCUGGAUGGCCAUUGAAUCCCUAAAUUACAGUGUAUACACAACCAAGAGUGAUGUGUGGUCUUUUGGUGUUCUUCUGUGGGAAAUUGUAAGCUUAGGUGGCACACCAUACUGUGGGAUGACCUGUGCUGAGCUCUAUGAAAAACUGCCACAGGGUUACAGAAUGGAGAAACCCAAAAACUGUGAUGAUGAGGUCUAUGAGCUGAUGAAGCAAUGCUGGAGAGACCGUCCGUAUGAGAGACCCCCCUUUUCCCAAAUCUCCCUUCAACUCAGCCGGAUGCAAGAAGCAAGAAAGGCUUAUGUGAACAUGGCUUUGUUUGAGAACUUCACCUAUGCUGGAAUAGAUGCCACCGCAGAGAAGGCCUGACUACCAGCCCCCCCAGACCCUCGCAUCCCACAUAGCUCAAGGAGAAAGUCUCGCAGGGCAUCGUCGCGCUACUGCCGCCUCCCUGCUGCUCAAAGACGGCAUAGGCGACCUGGACGCCGCACUGCAACCACCCAGCUAUAGAUGAAGGAUGAUGAAAGGACACUCGCUAAAGAUAUCAAGACAUUUGGAGUAUGGCUGGACCAUCAAUUGGAGUGCUUUCACUAUCAAAUGUAGCAACCCCAGGAAUAAGAAACACAAACACAUUUCCUCCAAAAAGAUUUCAGUACUGGUUUGGAGGAUCUACCAAAUAUGGAGCUGUGGGACAUGCAGACAAACCACAGGGUCUGUGGGGUAACAGAGCCAGAACUUUCAUUUCUUUGGAAAAUGCCUUUAUCUGAAGGAGAAUGUAAAGGACACAGACUGGAUAAAGUCUUGGACUGUUUCCGAUCAAGUUGAUCAUCUUUUAAAUAGUAUAGCACUUAAAAGUAGCCUCAUUUGUGCCAUAUUUGUCUACAAUUGUUUUCAUGUGUAAAUUGCCUAUCACUGCCAGUAAAGAACAGCAAUGAGUUUAUGUAAAAUUAUUUUGAGAUAUAAAUAAAUGUAUUAAAACAAAA